CAAGCUGCCCAGCUCCAUUAGGCGCUCGCCCAGUGUCAGACCCAAACCAUUUGGACCGGUUCGCUCUCUCUCUCUCUCCCUCCCGCACUACCACCACCCCCCUGCGCUCCUUAGGCAAGAAAGGGGCUCCGUUCGACCACCAAGCCACUCUCGGCAGCGACGAGAGUCGAACGAGGGCCGGGAGACGCUCGAUCCCAGGAGAUCGGCGGGGAUCAUGGAUGCUUCAAAGAUGUCUCUUAUCGAACAAGUGCCAAGAAACAGAAUAACAGCGUGCCUUCAGGCACUCUAUGCCAUAAAACAUGUGAAGGAGGACAAUGUCCCAUGCCAAAUUGAGGAGGGUCUCUUCUUGGGUUCUGUAGGAGUGGCUGUCAACAAGGAACUGUUGAAAAGUUUGAACAUCACUCAUAUCUUAAUCGUUGCCAAAUCACUGGACCCUGCAUUCCCAAAUAAUUUUGUUUAUAAGAAGAUUGAAGUGCUUGACACCCCAGACACCAAUUUACAAGAAUAUUUUGAUGAGUGUUUCAGUUUCAUUGAUGAAGCUAGAAGGGCGGGUGGUGGUGUAUUGGUUCACUGUUUUGCAGGAAGGUCAAGAAGUGUCACUGUUAUUACUGCUUAUCUAAUGAAGAAGUACCACAUGAGUUUGUCACAUGCUUUAUCGCUACUUAGAGGCAAACGACCACAAAUAGCUCCGAAUCAUGGUUUUAUGACCCAAUUGAAGAACUACGAGAAGUCACUGCUAGGCUUUUGAUGACUUGUGGCUAGAAUCAUGGAAUAUGCUCAAGAUGCAAAGUCCGUUAAGUCAAUGCAGAUUCAAAUCUUCUAGAAAACAACUUAUAUUAUCACCACAAUCUCAUCCUGAUAUUGUAAAUUCUGUAUCUUGUCCGUUGUUAGAAAAAAAAGGGUUGAAAAAAAUGCAACCUUGUUGUCCUAUCAAUCUGGGUCAUGGUUGGGCUCUAUCACCAGCUCACUUCUGAAUUAUCUAAUAUGUCCAUUUAGUCUUCCAUUUAAGCAAUAGAAUUACAUCACUUAAUAAGUGAUUAUAUUUAAUGUAAUCAGAUUAUUAUAGUUAUAAAUAUGAUGAAUCUGUUCAAGUUUCAGUUCUU